GAACACACACUGCCUCAUCCCCUCCCCUGCCCAUGCCACGCCAGGCCCUGCUUUGAAGCGUCUAGAAGGUUCCGAGUGCCGGCUUCCUCCGUGGUCCUUCCCACGCCCGCCUUACUGACACGAACCCACCCAGGGCUGGGGUGUGUCAGCGGCGCUGUGACGGGGGGAGGGGAGGGCAGGCGAGGGGGCAGCGGAGGCCCCAAGAGGGUCCCACCAGCAUCUCAGAGGGGCAGUAACAGGGGCCCUGGACGCCCUUCCUGGGAUCCCGUUGCUGAUAGACCCUCCUUGGCGCCCCAACAACGCCCUCUCUGGGGCCCUCGGCCGCAUACCCCACGAGGGAGACCCCCGGGGGCGGGAGGGCGGGGCGCGGCUCCCGGGGAGGCUAUUUCGGGCCGUCUGGGCCCCAGCCCCAGGCUCCGGAGCCUGGGCACACGUGACCCCCGGGAGGCCAAGGCGGCCUGAGCUGGACUCACCCUCCAGAGGGAAGCUCAUCGCCUCGGCCCUGACCCCUGGCACAGGCCCCUGCCAGCGUCCUCUCUCGCCCAUCUGUGCCUUCCUCCCAUCUGGGCACUGGCACCCCGGCUGCUGGGAGCCAAGCGGGUGAUGGACGACACAGUGCCCUCUCAAGGGACCCUCCGUCCCUCCCCCGGAGCUAUUCCUGGCCUGGGCGCCUCCCCGCUCCCAGCCCCCACCUGGCCUGACCCCACAGCUGGGAGCCAUCUGGCUGGGGGUGGGGCGGCCUGCCUAUAUAAGCCGGGGCCUGGGUGCCCCGGCACCCUGUAGGCCAGACCCUCCACGCUGACCUCGGCACGCUCAGCCUGACCACAGCCAGCCGGCAAUGACAGCGACCUCGCAGGCCCCUGACUAUGGCCCCGAGGAGGCCGCCCCCGAGGUGCCCAAGGUGCCCGCGGAGCCCUCUGGACCAGGGGCCCCAUCGGAGCCCACGGGCGAGGAGCAGGCUCCCGUGGCCGCCCCCGAGGCCCCGCAGGCCCCUGACCAGGGUCCGGGGGAGCCUGCCUCCGAGGUGCCCGCGGAGCCCCCUGGACCAGGGGCAGCACCGGAGCCCACGGGCGAGGAGCAGGCUCCCGUGGCCGCCCCCGAGGCUCCUGCCCCCGAGGCCACCAAGCCUGCGCCUCGAAGUGAAGACGUGCCCAGUGCCCCCCUGAAGCUGACCAUCGAGGACGUGAGUGACAGCUCGGUGACCGUGAGCUGGGAGCCCCCAGAGAGUCUGGGGACUCAGGGCCUGCAGGGCUACGUGCUGGAGCUCCGCAGGGAGGGAGCCUCGGAGUGGGUGCCCGUGAACGCCAGGCCCAUGAUGGUGACCCAGCAGACCGUGCGGAACCUGGCGCCGGGAGACAAGUUCUUCCUGCGUGUGGCUGCCACGAACCCUGCGGGGGCUGGGCCCCCCGCCACGCUGGACCAGCCCGUCCACAUCCGGGAGAUCAUCGAGCCACCCAAGAUCCGAGUGCCCCGCCACCUGCGCCAGACCUACCUCCGCCAGGUGGGAGAGAUGGUCAACCUGCAAAUCCCCUUCCAGGGGAACCCCAAGCCCCAAGUCUCGUGGACCCACAACGGCCUCGCUCUGGACAGCAAGAGAGUGAGCGUGCGCAACGGAGACCAAGACUCCAUCCUCUUCAUCCGCUCGGCCCAGCGCGAGGACUCGGGCUGCUACGAGCUCACCGUGCGGCUGGAAACGCUGGAGGCCCGGGCGGCCAUCAACAUCCUGGUCAUCGAGAAGCCCAACCCACCCAGCAGCGUCCGGCUAGUGGACGUCUGGGGCUGCAACGUGGCCCUCGAGUGGACGCCGCCCCAGGACACCGGCAACACUGAGCUCCUGGGCUACACGGUGCAGAAGGCGGACAAGAAGACACAGCAAUGGUUCACCGUGCUGGAGCGCUACCACCCGACCACCUGCACCGUCUCCGACCUCAUCGUGGGCAACUCGUACUCCUUCCGCGUCUUCUCGGAAAACCUAUGUGGGCUCAGCGACUCGCCCGCCGUCACCAAGGAGCUGGCUCACAUCCGGAAGACAGACAUUGUUGCCAAACUUAAGGAGUUUGUUGAGAGAGACUUCUCAGAAGCCCCUUCCUUCACCCAGCCCCUGGCUGAUCACACCACCACCUCCGGCUACAGCACCCAGCUCUCCUGCAGUGUCCGAGCGUCGCCCAAGGUGAGGGGCCGGCCCGGCAGUGCCUUGGGGAGAGGCGGGGGAGGGAAGGGGGAGGAGGACCACAGGGCAGUGGGGCAGAGGAAUCUGAGCAGGCAUCUCCACCAAGGCCUGCUGGGAGAGCCCGUCCCAGCACCUGCCUUCCAGCCUCCCUGUGACCCUGCUCCCCAGCCCAAGAUCAUCUGGAUGAAGAACAACAUGAACAUCCUGGGGGACCCCAAGUACCGCACCUUCUCCGAGCAAGGCGUCUACACCCUGGAGAUCCGGAAGCCCAGCCCCUUCGACUCCGGGGUCUACACCUGCAAGGCCGUCAACAUGCUGGGGGAGGCGUCCGUGGACUGCCGGCUGGAGGUCAAAGGUGAGGGCUGGCGGAGGAUCUCUCCUUAGGGACCCGCCGUGGGGCGCACAGGAGAUGCCCCUCUUCUCCUGGGGACUGGGGGGCCGCACCCUGAAACCCGCGGGAGAACCGGGCAGGGCGACGGUGCUGGGCGGCCGGGACGGAGGCCCCAUGUGGUGGAGCGGCAUGUCCGCCGGGAGGAAGCCCGGAGCUGCUCUGGGUUCUCCACCCCAACCCGGUCCCUCUAACCGCGGGGUCUC